AUGGUACAGCCCGGCCGGAGUUAACGUCCCGGAGGAGACGCAUCCCGCAGCGACAGCAACGGCGACGCUAUGGGGCUGCGUGCUGGGGGAGCGUUGGGUAGGGCCGGGGCCGACAGGGGGGCGCCAGAGGGACCCGGGACGAGUGGCGGCGCUCAGGGCGGUAGCAUCCAUUCGGGCUGCAUCACAGCGGUACACAAUGUGCCGCUGAACGUGCUCAUCCGGCCGCUGCCGUCUGUGCUGGACCCCGCUAAGGUGCAGAGCCUCGUGGCCACGAUCCAGGAGGACCCCAGCAGCGUGCCCCCCAUCGAUGUCCUCUGGAUCAAAGGGGCCCAGGGUGGUGACUACUACUACUCCUUCGGGGGCUGCCACCGCUAUGCAGCCUACUGCCAACUGCAGCGAGAGACCAUCCCUGCCAAGCUCGUCCAGUCCACCUUGUCGGACCUCAGGGUUUACCUGGGCGCUUCCACACCAGACUUGCAGUAG